CUCCCGCCGCCCCGCCCCGCCCUGGGGCAGCGCCCGCGAGCCCGGAGCCCAGGCGCGGGCGGGUUCCUGCGCCAUGCCGGCCGGGGCGCUGCUCCGCGUCCUCUGCUGCGGCCUCCUGGCCGCGUCCGCGCGCGCGGGCUACUCGGAAGACGGCUGCGGCUGGCGGGGCAGCGGCUUGACGCAGGAGCCGGGCAGCGUCGGGCACCUGGCCCUGGCCUGCGCCGAGGGCGCCGUGGAGUGGCUGUACCCGGCCGGGGCGCUGCACCUGACCCUGGGCGGCCCCGAGCUGGGCGCGCGGCCCACCGUCGCCUGCCUGCUCCCCGCGCGGCCCUUCGCGGGCGCGCAGGUCUUCGCCGAGCGGCCCGGGGGCGCCCUGGAGCUGCUGCUGGCCGAGGGCCCGGGCCGGGCCGGGGGCCGGUGCGUGCGCUGGGGCCCCGGCCAGCGCCGGGACCUCUUCCUGCAGGCCACGCCUCACCCCGACAUCAGCCGCCGCGUGGCCGCCUUCCGCUUUGAGCUUCGAGCAGACAAGCAUCCGGAGCUGCCUCCGCGGGCCCAGGGCCUCGGCGUGGACGGUGUCUGCAGACCCUGCAGCGACGCGGAGCUCCUCCUGGCGGCGUGCACCAGCGACUUCCUGAUCAACGGGACCAUCCACGGGGUCACCCACGACUCGGAGUCUCAGGAGUCCAUCAUCACCGUGGUGCCCACGCGUGUUCUCCGCCCGAUGCUGCCAGUGGGCAGCGCCGAGGGCCCGGGGCAGGCCUCCAUUCACACCCCCCUGCAGUGCGGUGUCCGCCCAGGCCCAGGCACCUUCCUCUUCAUGGGCUGGCGCCAUUUUGGCCAGGCCUGGCUGGGCUGUGCCCCCCGCUCCCAGGAGUUCAGACGUGCCUACGCUGCUGCCCACGCUGCCCAUACCCACCCCUGCGAGGUGAAACUGGACUGAGGGGACUGGGGACCGCCAGUGGGACCUUCCUGGGCAAGGGGGCAGGAGGGUGGGGGGCUGGAGGUCCAGCUGUCAGGACCAGCUGACAGGCGUCCUGAGCUGACAGGCGGCACCAAUAAGAACAUUGCUCAUACUG